AUGCCAAAUUUCUACAAGCUGUUGGCGUCACUUCUACCAGGAGAGUGUUCAAAGGACAAUGGAGGGGGCACAUCGUUGGAUAGGGUCGCAGCUCAAUCCGACUCCAUACAUGACAUGGAGCAGUCCAGUCAUGCUGAUGACUUCAACGUCGAGAGUGAAGAUGCUCAAAUGACGCUACGACCAGGAGAGGUUGAGAAACAUUCUUCGUCUUCUCGGCCUUUUCGCGAGCUUGGUCCUUGUGAUGUGGAAGAUGGUGGCAGUUCCUCUGGCUCUUCCACUGCCUCAUAUCGUUGCCCUCAUCAUGGUCCAUCAUACAGCCCGGAACUUUGUCCAUGCACCCGGCAGAUAUCAAUGUGUUCCUUUAACAGCAUUCGGGGCGAUGUUUGA